AUGGUGCCCAAACUCUUUCGCAAGCGGCACGCAGCCGAGGAAAUCACCCCCAUCCCGGCCUACGCGACCGACCUCGAUGUCGCAGGCAUGGAGCAGCUCAAGCACCUCCACGAAUUUGAAAAGACGCACAAGUUUGAUCCCAACUUUCCCAUCGACGAGCUCAACGACCUGGACGCCGCCAUCGCCACCUGCAACGCCGAAAAGGGCAUCGAGAUUGAGCAUGCCCUCAUGGAGGACAACAGCCCCUACCCCGAGGUCCGCGCCGUUGUCCGCAACUACGACGUCGAUGUCCCGGCCAACACGGUCCGCGCUUGGGUCAUUGGCAUGUUUCUGUGCACCCUCGGUUCCGGAAUCAACAUGCUCUUCUCUCUGCGUGAUCCCACAAUCACCAUCAACACCUACGUGAUCCAGCUCAUCGCCUACCCCAUCGGUCUCGGUUGGGAUCUCAUCAUGCCUGAUCGCGUUUGGAACAUUUUCGGACUCAAGUUCAACCUGCGACCCGGUAAAUUCAACUUCAAGGAACACGUCGUCAUUGUCGCCAUGUCCAAUGCUUCAUACGCUGGCGGUGUUUUGUACGCCACUGACGUGCUCCUUACUCAGCGCAUAUUUUACAACCAGACCUUCAGCUACGCCUUCCAGAUGCUCUUUGGUAUCACGACCCUGUGUACAGGCUACGGGCUCGCUGGUCUUGCACGUCGAUUUCUCGUUUGGCCAGCAGCCAUGAUCUGGCCUGCUGACCUGGUAAACUGUGCUCUGUUUUACAGUCUGCACGACCACUCGCCUUCCGAUCCAGCAAAGACGAAUGGCUGGUCCAUCGGCCGUUAUCGCCUUUUCCUUAUCAUUGGCACCGCGGCUUUUGUAUGGUACUGGCUACCGGGCUGGAUCUUCCAAGGACUGUCCUACUUUACCUGGAUCUGCUGGAUUGCGCCUGACAAUAUCGUCGUCAACAAGGUUUUCGGCGCUGCCCACGGUUACGGUCUCAUGCCCGUCACAUUCGACUGGACCGUCAUCAGCGGCUAUGUUGGCUCACCUCUCAUUCCGCCUUUCCACGCCAUCUUCAACGUGAUUCUCGGCGUCUUGGCAUUCUUCGUCUUCCUCUCGUGCGGCAUCCAUUUCAGUGGCACAUGGUUCUCCAACUACAUUCCCGUGCAGUCCGGCGACUCUUUCGACAACAUGGGCAAAGUCUACAACGUCUCCCGUAUUCUCGACGCCAACUUCCAAUUCAACGAGACUGCGUACCACGAUUACUCCCCGCUGUUCCUGCCGACGCAGUUUGCUCUCGCAUACGGCACCUCGUUCGCCGCCGUGUCUGCUGUUUUGAUCCAUGUUGCUCUCUACCACGGCAAGGAGAUUUGGGCCCAAUUCAAGAUGGCACGCCAUCAGGAGGACGACGUCCACAUGCGUCUCAUGAAGAAAUACCGCGACGCCGAAGACUGGUGGUAUGCCGCUCUUUUCGUCGUCAUGAUGGCCCUCUCGUUCGCAGUUGUCGCUGGUUGGAACACUGGGUUUCCUGCGUGGGCCUUUGUCGUGUGCAUCCUGCUACCCAUCAUCUGGCUCAUCCCUAUUGGUCUCGUCCAGGCCAUCACCAACAUGCAGCUCGGGCUCAACGUCCUGACAGAGUUCAUCAUCGGUUACAUGGUCCCAGGCCGCCCCCUCGCCAUGAUGAUGUUCAAGAAUUACGGCUACGUUUCCAUGUCGCAGGCGCUCUACUUUGCCCAAGACCUCAAGCUUGGUCACUACAUGAAGGUCCCUCCCCGAGUCAUGUUUGCCUCGCAGCUUGUUGCUUCCAUCUGGUCCGCCAUUGUGCAGAUUCUCCUCAUGAACUGGGCGCUCGAAAAUAUUCCAGAUGUUUGCUCUCGCGACCAGAAAGACAGGUACACCUGCCCCGGAGGCCGCGUGUUCUACACGGCAUCUGUUGUCUGGGGCGCUAUUGGUCCCGCGCGCAUCUUCAGCAGUGGCGCCAUUUAUUCGUCUCUGCAGUGGUUCUGGCUCGUCGGCGCCGUGACACCGAUUAUCACCUGGCUGUUGGCCCGCCGCUGGCCAAAGUCAUUCUUGCGCUACAUUAACACGCCUCUCAUCUUUGGUGGUGCUGGUCAGAUCCCUCCGGCCACGGUAUACAUCUACCUCUGCUGGGGAAUAGUCGGCGUUGUCUUCAACUUCUUCAUCAGACGCCGCUACACUGGCUGGUGGCUCCAGUACAAUUACAUCACGUCUGCUGCGCUCGACUGCGGUCUAAUUGUCUGCACUCUUGUGAUAUUCUUCACGCUGUAUUUGACAAAGGCAACGGAACCGAAAUGGUGGGGCAACCUAGGGGCAUUGAAUACGACUGAUCAUCGUGGCACAGCGAUUGCCAUGCAUCCACCACCUGGCGAGACAUUCGGCCCCAGCACUUGGCGCUGA